GGCCGGUCUUAUCCGCCGCAGGCCAAGAUGCAGCUGGGGAUGCCGUCGUGGCUGAAGGGAUGGACUGGCGGAAACAAACAGUAGUCAGCCACGGGUGUGUCUGACGGGCGAUUAUGUCGUACAAAUAUUUGGCAUGUGUACGGAGUAUCGAAGAUUGAUGACCCGAGAUUACUGUGGGCCCGGCCAUCCGAUGUUGGGAAGGAUGCCGAUUGCCGGCCCGUGCACCCCUGUACUGGCCUUGUGCCGGUACCCUCCGAUGCAACCAGUCAUGCCCAUUGCACAAUACCCAUCUCUGACCUAUCAAUGACACUGCCGGACCAUCUUGUGAACCAAAUCUCGGGUAUGAGAGCUAAACCCGCCUUUACCAUCAUUACACUAUGAUGUCCCUACUGCUCAUCGGCUUCUCCCUUCUCUUCAUUGCCGUCCAUACUCUCAGGACAUCCCUCGCCUCGCCGCUCAACAAGAUUCCGGGACCAUGGUACGCCAAAUUCACUUCCUUGGUCCUGAAAUGGCACGAAUUCAGGGCCAACAGAACGCGAUACAUUCAUCGCUUGCACUUGGAGUACGGCCAGGCAGUUCGCAUUGCCCCUGACGAAGUCGCCUUCGCCUCAGCGACCGCUGUCAAGGAAAUCUAUUGCUCCGGGGGCAGCGGUUAUGAUAAGACCAACUUCUAUGAUCUUUUCAAAGUAUAUGGGAAAAGGACCAUGUUUACGACCCUGAACAAGGACGAUCAUGCAAAGAGAAAACGUGUCAUCGCAGACCGUUAUGCCAACACCAACAUUGUCCGGCCGCAGUCACUCAACGGCAUCGCCGAGCGCGCAACUAAUUUCGUCAUGAGAUGCUAUGAGUCUGUGGGCGGAAGCCUUGACCUUUAUGUAUACCUGCAUGCAUACGCUUUUGACUGCGUUACUCACCAUUUAUUCCAUCCAUACGGAACCAACUCGCUGUUGGAUGCCCAUGACGAAGCCGUCAUGCGCGAGGUAACAUUCGACGACAGCCUUCAGAACCGGUUGGUGGCAUACUACUGGCCGACAAUACAUAAGGUAUUCGGACAGAUCCUGUCCCUGUUUGCAAAGCCCAGGGAAACUCCUCUGGCCGAUUCCUUUGUCCUAGACACGAGUGCCAAGACGGGUGCGGCACCCUUCACGCUCCUUGAUCGUCUCCACGGAUCAAGCUCCCAGCUGGAUCAGCUGGAUAUUGCCGCCGAGUGCCUCGACCACAUGGUAGCCGGUAUCGACACGACGGGCGAUGCGCUAUGCUUUCUAAUGUGGGAGCUCUCACAGCCGGCUUCGAUGCAUUACCAGAGGAAACUCCAGCAGGAGCUUCGAGCCAACCCAACGGCCAGCUUCGACAAGCUUCCGUUCCUCGACGCCGUGGUCAUGGAAGGCCUUAGGUGUUUUCCGGCUAUUCCAAUGUCUCUCCCCCGCCAUGUCCCUUCUGGGGGACGAACCAUCGACACCUUCUACCUGCCGGAGGGGACAGAAGUCAGUUGUCAAGCCUAUUCGGUGCACCGGGUCGAUCGAAGCGUGUUCCCGGAUCCAGAUGCGUUCAAGCCCGAUCGAUGGCUGGAGCCGAAAGGCGAUGCUGAGAGGAAAAGGCUUUUCUUUGCUUUUGCGACCGGUGGCAGGGGCUGUGUGGGCAAGCACCUGGCACUCGCCGAGAUGAAGAUGCUGCUUCAGUCCGUCUACUCCAGGUUCACCACGCUCCCAGACGCUACCAUGAAGCCCAUCGACCUUGAGAUGUCAGAUCAGUUGAUCUCGUCGCGGCCACAGGCUCAGAAAUGCCGUCUUCGAUUUGUCCCGCUCGAACCGGCGAAUGGGAAAUAAAACAGUGUCUGGUCCUGCGCUGCUUCCACAGAAUGCAAACCAUUUGCGUUUAGUCAGUUUCGUUGCGUGUAUAUGGCAUCGAGGCAAGGCCAAGGCAUUUUUGUCAGUCAGAGAAGCCUUGGUGCCACGAUUUCCGUGCAACUCUCCGCCUGUACUGCACAGUAACCCGAGUCAACCCCUUUCUGAAAGAGACACUACGUUCUCUUAGCACAAAGAACAUCUCGAGAAAAAUGUCUGAUUCGUAAAUCAAGGGAAAGC